GGCAGCGAGCGGAAAUUAAAGUGGCUGAUUGCAACUUCAUGCAGCGCAGACGUGAUGUGUGGAAGGCAGUGAAUCGUGGACAGUGUAUAACAGAAACCCAGUAUUCACAGUGGGUUUUUUAAGGUUUAAUUGGCUGUAUUACGAGAUUCAAACCAGUCCUUCGUAAUUAAAGACAAUGUGUUUCUCUGACAGCAGCCGCUGGUGUUUUCGCGUCUACGGUUGCUAGCUAGCAGUUAAUACGAGCUAACGUAACGUCGGGGUCAGAAUUCAGGAUCAGCAGUAGUCCUGUUUGACGGCGAUUUUAGGGAUUAGUGGAGUUCCAGACGUCUGUGCGUCCGGUACUGCUCGAUUUACCAGAGGGACACAAAAUAAUUAGCUAAAGGCUAACGUUGUACAGCUAGCUUAUAUGGUUUAUAGCAUUCCUCAGUGCCACGGCGCCGUCGUGUCCACGUCUCGUCUGCCAGCUGAGCUAGGCCACGUCCCUGCGGGCGUAUUUCACUUGCUAACAUUGGACGGAUUGCAGUGAAGAUGCCUAGUGAGCGGAAGGAGGAAGGAGAGCAAAGAUCACUAGAAAUGUGAAGGUCCUUUAGCGUUCAUGACUGUCUGUUAAACGUCUGGACUUCCGAGCGCUUGCCGCAUAUACACGGCAUGUCACGUAGACGGAUGUGUUUCACACCGGGAGAAUAGUCUUCACUGAGCUCGUUGGGUUGCAGUAACAACCUGAAAUAUCGUUAGACUUUGUUUGGGAAAUGGUUGGGUUUGGCGCAAACCGACGGGGAGGUCGCCUCCCGUCCUUCAUCUUCAUCUUCUUGAUGGUGAUCAUCGUCGUGCUGUCUUUCAACUACUGGACAGUGUCCAACAAGCACGGCCGCUUGCUGGAUGAGCUGGCGGAGGUGCAGACGCAGGUGAAGCGCACGGACGCGGCGCGGAGCCGGCUGGAGAAGCGGAACUCGGAGCUGAUGGUGCAGGUGGACACGCACAGGAAACAGAUCGACCAGAAGGAUGGGGACUACAGCGUCCUGGAGAGCAAGCUCCAGGCCAAGGAUGCUCUCAUUAAAAAGUGCACAGAUGAAAAGAUGAAGCUGCAGGAUGAUGUCACAGCCCAAAUGACAGAAAUUCAAAGGCUUAAAGAGCAGCUAAGGGAGCUCAAGCAAGAGUUCAUGAAGCAGGAAGAGCAGCUAAGAGAAGUGAAGAAAAAUAACACUAACUUGGAAAGAAAACUGGAAUAUGAAAGUUUACAGUGUGGACGCCAGAUUGCACAACUGAAAGAUGAGUAUGAAGAAGCAAAAAAGACUCUGGAGGAAGAAACACUAAAGCUAAGACAGAGUGCAGUGGAUGGUCACAAGAAUGUAGUGGGGGGUAGACAUGCAGAUACAGAGCCUGGUGUGGAGACGGCUGGAGAGCGCCAUACAGUGGCCACUCACCGGCAUGACAGACACUCCGAUCUGAAAGAAGAGAUGGGUAAGCCCGGCAGUGAUGCUGGCAUGCCUGGUAUUGAAGACAGUGAGGUGGGAAAAAUCGACGAUGUGCAGUUUGGCUUGAAGAAACCAGCCAUUACCCAGAAACACGACGAAGCCCCGGAUAUGGCCGUGGGAGCUGGUGCUGGACCUGGAGUCGGGGGAGCUGAUGGUCCCGGAGGCCAGGGCAUGUUGCUGGACCAGCCCGGACUCCAGCAGGACAGACUGGACGGCCGAGCCGUAGUGAUUGCACCUCCAGGCAUCAACAAACAGGGAGACAAAUCAAUAGUAUUUGAAGAAGACAACAAAGUGGGUAUCAAGGCAGAUGAGCUGGGAGAACAGCAAAGGCAACUUCGAGUUCCCAGUGAUGUCAGAGUUGAAGGUGAACACUUGAAGAGGAUUCCUUUGCCCCCCAACCCUGCCCAGGUGCCCAAUCCCAUCCAGCCUCACCACGCCAAAGACCAAGUUCCAGCAGAACCAGUACACCACCGCCAAAGCCGAUUCUUUGAUGAGAACGAGUCCCCAGUAGAUCCGCAACACGGCUCUAAGCUGGCGGAUUACAAUGGGGAUGAUGGGAACGUGGGUGAGUAUGAGGCUGACAAGCAGGCCGAGCUGGCCUACAAUGAGGAAGAGGAUGGUGAUGGUGGGGAGGAAGACGUUCAAGAUGAUGACGAUCGAGAUAUGCAGGGAGAUCGGGCUGUGGAUUAUGGGAAAAAAAGACAUCAAGCCAACGACAUUCUUUGAAUGGAAACUCAUACAAUCGUAUCUCAUAAAAAACACAUUCAGACCCAUCUCCACAAGUGAGAUUUCUCUUGACAAAAAAACAUCAGUAUGUCUAAGAACUUUUAUAGGUUGCAAUCUCAAUGUCAUGGACUAUUUUGAAGAACAGACAUUGCAGCUAAUGAAGUAAUUCUAAAUAAUGUAACAUACUAUGGAAAAAAACACACAAGGCAUUUCUCCAAGCUGCUGUUAAUUCGCUAAUGGCUUUAAGUUAUGACAGUAGAGAUAAUAUACUGUACUUUGACUGUUGAGUAUUUGAUAACUGCACCGGCUCAUGCCGGCCCUAAUGACCCACAUCUGAACUUCAAGGACAGACCAUGUUUUGGUUUAGCUACUCUUCUUCUUCUCACUUUGCUGUUGCUUGGUACAAACUCUUCAUCUGAGAUGUUUAUCAGAGACUAAUUUGGCAUUCUGCCUUUCUAACAUAAUCGUGGGACUCUUAUAUGGAAAACUUUUCUGUUUGUUUGUUUACAAGAGUGGGAAUACAUUACAAAUGCCAAGGACUCUACUCAUGGCCUGUUGAAUCCGUUUCUUACUUUGACAGACUAAAAAGUGCUUUUCUUU